AUCUGGAUCUGGGUCUUGCAGCUCAUUUUGCAACCGACUCUGCACGAUGCACGCCGCCGUCUUUGCCCGCGCGGCCCGCCGCAGCUUUAGCGCCCGCCGCCGCUUUGCCCACCAUGCGCCCGCUGUCCACCAGACGCAGCUGCUCAUCAACGGCGAGUUCGUGCCCGCGACGUCCGGCAAGACGUUCGACACGUUCAACCCCGCGACCGAGGCCAAGAUUGCGAGCGUCCACGCUGCUGGCGUCGACGACGUCGACAAGGCCGUGCACGCGGCCCGCAACGCCUUUGACAAUGGCCCGUGGCGCAAGCUCUCGGGCUCGCAGCGCGCGACGCUCAUGCGCAAGUUUGCCGACCUCAUCGAGGCCAACGCGGACGAGCUCGCGGCGCUCGAAGCGCUCGACAACGGCAAGCCGUGCAAUGUCGCCAAGGUCGUCGACAUCGACCUCGCCAUCAAGUGCAUCCGGUACUACGCGGGCUGGGCCGACAAGAUCACGGGCAAGACGAUCCCGAUCGACGGGCCGUUCUUCUGCUACACCAAAGACGAGCCCGUGGGGGUGUGUGCGCAGAUCAUUCCGUGGAACUUUCCGAUCUUGAUGGCGGCGUGGAAGCUCGGGCCGCUUCUCGCGACGGGCUGCACGAGCGUGCUCAAGCCCGCGGAGCAGACGCCGCUCACGGCGCUCCGCCUCGGUGAGCUCCUCGUCGAGGCCGGGUUCCCAAAGGGUGUCGUCAACAUCAUUCCGGGCGACGGUGCGACGACGGGCCGGUACCUCGCGCAGCACCCGCUCGUCGACAAGGUCGCGUUCACGGGCUCGACCGAGGUCGGGUUUGAGAUCAUGCGCCAGUCGCACCCGUCCAACCUCAAGCGCGUGACGCUCGAGCUCGGUGGCAAGUCGGCCAACAUCAUCAUGCCCGAUGCGGACUUGGACCUUGCGAUCGCCGCGUCGCAGCUCGGCCUCUUCCACAACCAAGGCCAAUGCUGCAUUGCGGGCAGCCGCGUCUUUGUCCACGAAGACAUUUAUGAGGAAUUCCUUGCCAAGUCGGCGGCCGCGGCGGCCAAGAACGUCGUGGGCGACCCGUUCUGCGCCAAGACGACCCAAGGGCCGCAGGUCAACGAAGAGCAGUUCCGCAAGAUCCUCGCGUACAUUGAGACGGGCAAGCGCGAGGGCGCGCGGCUCCUCACGGGCGGCAAGCGCCACGGCAAGAAGGGCUGGUUCAUCGAGCCCACGGUCUUCGCGGACGUCGAGGACCACAUGACGAUCGCGAAGGAAGAGAUCUUUGGGCCUGUCAUGAGCAUCCUCAAGUUCAAGGACGUCGACGAGGUGAUUGCGCGCGCCAACGCGUCCGAGUACGGCCUCGGCGCGGGCGUCGUCACCAAGGACAUUGGCAACGUCAUGAAGCUCACGAAUGGACUCCGCGCCGGCACGGUGUACGUCAACUGCUACGACGUCUUCGACGCGGCGGCGCCGUUUGGCGGCUUCAAGAACUCGGGUCUGGGCCGCGAGCUCGGCGAGGCGGGUCUCCGCCCGUACGUUGAAAACAAGACGGUCAUCAUCAAGCAGUAAGACGUUCCAAUCCAUGUGCUUUUGUCGUCGA